UGAGGGCGGGCGCGCGGCCGCAGCCUGCGACGGCCGGCGCGUCCCAAAGUUCGACUCCUCCGCCCGGACUAGGGCCGCCCCUGGGGAGGUGGCGCCAGCCGGGACCGCAGGCUCUGGAGGCACGAGGCCGGGGCAGGGAGCCGAGUUCCCGAGGCUCCGCUGAGAAGCCGAGCGGUAGCGAGACCGCUGUUCGGGAGCCGCCACGAUGGAGCUGGAACUGGAACCCUGUGGGGCCGGGGCCCCGGCUGCCGGGCAGCGGCUUCUCCAGGCCGAGGCUCCGGCGGAGAAUGAGCCGGAGGCAGUGGUGGGCUCCCGGCGGAGCGGCCGGGCAGGCAGCAUGCUGCGCUGGUUCAUCACCGUCCUCCUGUGUGCCGCCUUCCUGGGGCUGGGAAUGAGUGUUGCUAUACUGGGACCCACGUUUCAAGACUUGGCAGCGAAUGUGAACCGCAACAUCAGCAGUCUUUCUCUGAUUUUUGUGGGCCGUGCCUUUGGAUACCUGGGUGGCUCUGUGAUUGGUGGAGUUCUUUUCGAUAGCAUGAAUCAUUUUCUCCUUUUGGGGGUGUCAAUGUUCGCUACCACAGUUGGUCUUUAUCUUGUUCCAUUUUGUAAGACCGCAGUGUUACUUAUCGUCAUGAUGUCCACCUUUGGUGUUUCAAUUGGCAUACUGGAUACAGGUGGUAACGUCCUAAUCUUGGCUCUUUGGGGGGACAGAGGAGCCCCACACAUGCAGGCCUUACACUUCAGUUUUGCCCUAGGUGCCUUUUUGGCUCCACUGCUGGCUAAAUUGGCAUUGGGCACAACGGUGUCUGCUGAAAACCACACAGAGGCUGACUUUAACCAAUCUGCCUUCAACCAAUCAUCUGAAGCUGACUCAGAAUCUCUAUUUGGAAUACCUGACGAUAUGAACUUACUGUGGGCUUACGCUGUUAUCGGUGCUUAUAUUUUUGUAGUUGCUGUCUUUUUUUUUGCUCUGUUUUUAAGGAAAAGCUCAAAGCAGGAAAAAGCAAGAGCAUCUGCUCAGAGGUUUCGAAGAGCCAAAUAUCACAACGCCCUUCUCUGUCUCCUUUUCCUGUUCUUCUUUUUUUAUGUUGGAGCUGAGGUAACAUAUGGCUCUUACGUUUUCUCAUUUGCAACCACCCAUGCUGGCAUGAAAGAAAGUGAGGCGGCCGGGUUGAACUCCAUCUUCUGGGGGACCUUUGCAGCCUGCAGGGGCAUGGCAAUCUUUUUUGCUACAUGUUUACAACCUGGAACCAUGAUUGUGUUGAGCAACAUUGGCAGCCUGACUUCAUCUUUAUUUCUGGUGCUUUUCAACAAGAGCCCAGUUUGUCUGUGGAUAGCAACUUCAGUGUAUGGGGCCUCAAUGGCAACCACAUUCCCCAGUGGAGUGUCUUGGAUUGAGCAGUACACGACCAUCCAUGGGAAAGCUGCAGCAUUUUUUGUAGUCGGUGCCGCCCUGGGAGAAAUGGCUAUUCCUGCAGUAAUUGGAAUUCUUCAAGGCAAAUACCCUGAUUUGCCUGUAGUUUUGUACACCUCUUUGGGGUCAUCAGUAGCCACUGCUAUUUUAUUUCCUGUGCUGUACAAAUUAGCCACCUUGCCGCUUGAUCGUCAGCGAAAAGAACACAGGAAAAGUGAGGACCAGAAAGCUCUGCUUUCUAGCUCUGGGCUCAAUGACUAUGAGGAAGAGAAUGAAGAAGAUGAUGCAGAAAAAUGGAAUGAAAUGGACUUUGAAGUGAUUGAAAUGAAUGAUACAAUGAGGAAUUCUGUAAUAGAGACAUCUAGAAAUAUUUUGAUGGAGCCUACAGCUGAAGUCCCCAACCAUUCCUACUCAAAUGUGUUAAUGUUUGAAUCCUCUCCAGUUAAUACUGGCAACUCCUCUGUGAAUUACUUGCAAGAAACCAGGACAAAAGGGACUAAUGCUUUGAGAGGAUGGAUUAUUUACUGACUCCUGAAAUAAUCACCAGUUCUAAGGAGGCCAGUCAUAACAUAUUUGCAACAAGCUUUGAGGAUCAAAAUUUCUAGGUCCGAGUAUAGCAAAUGCUAAAAAGUCUUGAAAUGUUCUAUAAUCCCCAGAGCCUUCCAUAGAGAACCAGUGAUCUCAUAUAGCAGGAUCCUGUUGUGAGGCUAGUGUUUGAUGGCAUGUGGCUGAUUAGGUAAUAUUUUAUGGCCUUCACCCCUCCUCAGAGCAUGCAGAGAGGGCAUUUGUUUUUGAGAAGUUGGGUGUGCCAUUCGGAUAAAGCAAAACUGUUUAGUAGUUGAAUCAGUUAGCCAAACAAAUUGUCCGUCAUCAGUACACUGCCAGGGAAGUUGAGAAUUGUUUCAUAAAAAGACAUCUUUGAAAAUGGACAGAGUUUUCUAUUAAUUGUUUUACUCUGUAGUGUUGGAUCAAAAAAAUGGUAAUUACUGAUGUUUUCAGAUAUUUAUGAAGAGAGCACAGAACAGGUCCUAGAGACCUGGCCUCAAACCUCCACUCUGCUUCCUAGUCUGGCCCUGCACUCAGUCAUCUGACUUAGGUAGGCCUUGUUUAUCUCAUCUCGUGGUCUGGGUCUCCAAUGAAAGUGAGAUGACUUUCAACUGGGAAUCCCUCCUUUUUACAGUUUGUGCAAGAUGUCUGUCAGAGAUGAAUAUAAGUGCCACUCCAUUUGUCAUUUCAAAUGAGAAGUGAAAAAAAAUGAAUAGCUUUAAGAAUGUGCUACUGAUUAUGAAUAAUGUCAAUUUAAGAGACUCAGUAUUUAAUACUUUAUUUGAAUAAUUCUGAGGAAUACAUUUUUAGUACUGUAUGUCAUUGAUUCUGAGAUGCACCUUUUUUUCACAUUUUUAACAUCUCUGAAAUCAAAGUAUGUGUUAAAAUCAGUGAUCAUUUAAUGUGACAAAAUUGAGUUUUUCCCCAUAUACUUCUAUAAAGUAAUGUUGCAUUUUACAAUCAGUGUCUUAGUUUCAGUGAAUACAGUGAUUCAUUCAAUGAUGGAGAUUGUACUAUUUUUACAGACAUUUUAAGAAGAGAAGUUAUUUUUAUAUGCUCAUUUUCUCUGUGUUCACACAGGAUUUGGAGACGCCUUGUUGCAGUUUUUAAAGUGUUUCAGAGUUACUAUGUUAGUAGGGCUAUGGACGGGGUCUCUUGUGGCCUUUUGCUUACCUCAGUGACAGUCUGGGAAUGAGUCUGCUGCUCGGAGUUGCUCCUUACAGAGACUAGCUGGUAGUCACGUUGUAAGCACUGUAAAUUAGGCUGCGAAUUUAAUUUACUGUGAGACACAGUCUUUUCCAGUGAUUGGAAUACCUGUGUCAGCCCUCUGGACCUCCUCUUUCCUGAGUUUGAAAUAUCUGGGAAAUCAAAGUAAUGAUUUGAAAGUGGCUUGGGGGCCUAAGAGGGAUCGUGAGCAUGGCAAAUCUGGUGUGCAUUGAUGACAGAUUUUGUUCACUUCUUCUUAGCACAUUUUGUGCUGAAUAAUACCAAAUUUCUACUUGGUUGCAGUAUGUUUACUUUUGAACUAAUUUCUGUACAUUUGCCUUUGUUUUUUCGUAAGUGGAAAAUAGUACCUUUCUUGACCACUGUCCAUUAUUGGUUCAUUUUAACAAUCUGACAGUUUUGGAGAGGGCUGGUGGAGAAAUUAACAGUGAAAAGCCUAUUCUUGCUGUCUUUAUUCUAUCCUUUUCUCUUAGCUAGAACUUGUAGAUUAGCUCUGCUCCACUCACUGCCCUUUCUCAGGUUAUUGGAAUGUAGGCAGUAGCAACUGUUUGGCAUCUGGGUGGCUUGCCAGAAUAGGGAUUCAACCUGUGGCAUCUACAUUUAAAGGGUAAAAGUGCAACUCAGGGAAAGAAGGUAAUAGGAACAUGGUAGAAAACUUGGAAAUCCACAAAAAAUGCAUUAGAAUCCCACAAACCAAAAUGUGAAUGGCCAUGUGAGAUUAUAGGGAUUGUUAAAGUUUGAUAAUGUAUUUCCAUAUUGGAAAGAUAAGACAGUACAAUUCCAGGAAUUAGCCUUCAUCCUAAUAAUCAGUUCUUAGUUAAGUAAGUGUCUGCCGGUACUCAAGUAACCAAUACCGAAGUUUUCUAUUUCUGAGUAACAAAUUAUUGUAUCACAAAUUUAACAGCUUAGAACAACAGACCUUUUAUUUCUUUAACCUCACAGUUUUCUUGAGUCAGGAAUUUGGGUCUGAUUUCACUGGGUUGGUUCUCUGCUCAGGAUCUCAUGGGCUGCAGUCAGGCUAUUGGAAGAGCUGUGCUUUGUAGAGCUUGGGCUUCCCUUCUACGCCAUGUGGUUUUUGACAGUAAUUCAGUUCCUUGUGGUGGUAGACUGAGAUCUCCGUGUUUUUUUUUUCCUGGCUAUUAGCAGGCACCUGUCUCCAUUGUUAGGUCGUCCCAUGUGGCCCUCUCAUAGAUCUUUUCGAAGCAUGGCAGCUUAUUUCUCCAAAGCCAGCAGGAGAAUCUCACUGGAGCCGACUAAGCUGGGGUUUUUAAUGAUACCGUGUAAUCAUGGGAGUGACAGCCUGUCCCCUUUGCCAGAUUUUGUAGACUAGAAGGAAGUCUCAGAGUCUGCCCAAACUCAAGGGAAGAGGCUAGUAUAUGGAUGUAUCUGAUUAUUGGGGGUCACCUUAGGGUGUGUCUGCUAUACUCAAGUGUCUGCAAAACUCAGGGGAGCCAGAAAGCUUUAGCUGGGGAAAAAUCCUUCAGCAGUCACCAAAAGUGAUAAUAGAUACAACCCAUUGUGUGUUCUAGCACAGGAAUGGAAAACUCCCCAUAGACCAGGCCAAUAAACCUAACUCAGAAUUAGGCUUUUUUCCUUGAGAUUUUAUUUUGUGCCCUUUUCCACUGUGCUUUUUAACCUGUUCAAAUGCAGCUUAAUAUGAGGGAAAUUAGUAAGUUUCAGUCUAAUUGUAUUUUCAUAGUAAAGUUCAAGAAGACUUUGAGAGCAUUUUUCAAUCCCUGUUAUUUUUUAAAGAAAAAUCUUUUAAAAUAAUUUAUUAUAUAUGAAGGUAUAAAAAAGGUCAUGGUAGAAGAUUAGGGAAGUACCUAAAAUUUUUAAGGGACAAAUGUAAGUAAUCAUAAUCCUAAAUACCUAGAAAGUUCUUACAUUUCUAAUCAGCUUAGUUUCCCAAGACAAGGGUAAGGGGUAAAAAAAAUUUACUUCUUCCAGAUAAAGUAUCAGAAACAACUUGAAUUUUCUGUCUAGGUUAUAUUGAUACUACAUUUGGUGGACUGGUUUUUAGUUUGAAUAGCUGUAAUUUAUUAAGAACAAAAAUACAGUAUCAACACAUUCCUGAAAAAUGUGAGACCCAGACUCCAUGUAAAGUAAUUUUGUUUCAAGUAGAUUUAUUGAAUAAUCAGGAUAAUUUUCUCAUAACCAGAACUUUUGUUUUAUUAUAGCAUUGUAGCUUUCAAUCCUGCCACUUAAAAAUUAUUACUAAAAUAGAGCUUAAAAUUCUUAGUGAAAGUAGAUAUAUUCUUCUGGGGUCCCUUGUGUUUGUUAAGUGCCCUUGUUCAUAAUAUGUGUCCGUAAUGUUUUGUUGUGAGUGUGUGUGUGUGUUUGUAUGUGGAGCCCACAGAUGCUGUGUGUGUCUGAUAUUUUCUUAUGGGGAUGUAGCAGAGGUAGAGGUGAUAGGGAAGGGAUACAGAAAAGCUUACUGUGUGAUUUCAAAGUUUGUUACAAUUGUUCUUUUAAUUGAAAUUUUUAUGAAGGUUAUUGUCGAUUUACAUGUAGUUGUGCGCAGUGUUUUUUUUUUUCAAACUUGCUGAGUGAAGAAUACUUGCUCAAUCUGGAAAGAUAGAGAAAUAGACUGGUGCUUCUCAUACUUUACAUUAGAAUUGCUUCUGAAAAUGCAGAUUCUAAUUUAGUUGGACUGGGUUAGGGACUGAGAUUCUUCAUUUCUAACAAGCUCCUAGGUGCUGUUGGCCCAUGGGUCGACCACACUUUGGGUAGCAAGGUCCACUUUUUGGGAAUGUUAAAUUCUUUGCUACUUCUUUUGGGAAUUUCAUUUGUUUUCUUUUAGCUUUUCUAAAUCUGACCCUAAUUCUCUGGGAGUCUACAGUCCCCAGGAACCCCCUCCAUUUAUAUACACUGUUCUAAGACUGAGUUCUCUUCAGUCCUCUCCAUUUGCUGCAUUAGCUGUUGAAUAUUUAUUUCACAUGUUAUCGAAUGCCUCCUGUUUGAUAGUUUCUAUGGGAGAUGUACACUGGUGAAGAGAUCAGAAAUCUCCUACCUUCAUGGAACUUCUGUAAUGCAGUACUGUCCAGUAUCUGCAUUGGCCGGUGGCUGCCACAUUUAAAUAGCACAGGUCCAGUGGGAGAAACCAAGCGUCAGACAAGUCAUCACACAAGAUGUUUCCUGUUGUUCUGGAGAUUAACUAACUACUAUCUGGGGUCAGAAGGUUGUGAUAGAUACCUUGUCAAUGGCAUAGUAUAAAUUAUGGCAUUUAAGAAAGACCUGGUGAUCUAAAAGAGAAGGUUUUGGUUUCCUUGGGUAUAAAAGAAGCAAACCAAAGCUAGUGACUUGCUUGUUAGAAGGAGUAUUUAAGCUCUUUCCUUUAAUGCACUUUGGCCAGUUGGCAUUUGAGCUAGGUUGAACUUGAGUUGGAUUUUUAUUUAGGUUAAAUAGUUUCAUAUUUAAUGAUUUAAAACUGUGUAGCAAUGAAUUUUUACAAUGAAGGAGAAUUGUUCUUUAUUUACCAACGUUUUCCUGUGGUGAUCGUAAUUAUGUCUUCUCUUGUCCUGUAUUUCUGCCCUUUUUAUUUCUUUUAAUUCUUCAACAACAAGGAGGAGGAUCCCUUAGGUUUUUGCACUGUGACUGUUGAUUCUUAUUAUUGUCUUCUGUCUUCCUUUUGACUUACAUUUUUUUUUUUUUUGAUGUAAUUGUUUAAUGACGCAGGAAAGUAACGUUAUGAAACAAGACAGUUACAAAUACUGGGUAGAGGAUCACUUACUUCACUUUUGAUAAAAAAAAUUUAAAAGUAUGUAUACAAAACACUGGAAGAUUACAUAUCAAAAUAUUAACAGUAUUUACUUCUGUUCCAGUGAUUAAGUAUUCUUCUCUGCUUUUGUGUACUUUUUGAAACAUGAUUAUUUCUGAAACAGAGAAAAGUCACUGUGAAGAGAAACAGUUAUCAGAUGCCAGGUGACUUACAUUUUUAAUUGCAGAAUGCCUCAGUUUCUCUAAAUUAUUGCAGCUUGCCUUUGAUGCAUUUGGUAAUGUUAGUUAAUGGAUGGCCUGGAGAAAUAUUUUGAAGUUGUUAGAUGACAUGAGUAGCUUAAGGGGUUGGGCUUUCUAGCUUCUGAACAAUUUGUUGAGAUUAAUAAGGUGCUUUCUUUUUUUUUUUUUUUAAUCCUUUUUAGUUGUGAUAAAAUGCGCAUAACAAAAUUUAUCAUUUUAAUCAUUUUUAAGUGUACAGUUCAGUGGCAUUAAGGGCAUUCUCUUUAUUGUGUUAUAGUCAGUGCCAUCAUCUGCAGAACAUUUUUUAUCUUGCAAAACUGAAACUCUUAAGCUAUUGAACAGUAACUCGCCAAUUCCACCCUCCUUUCAGCCCCUGACAACCAUCAUUCUACUUUCUGUCUCUGAGUGUUUGACCGCUCUUAAGUACCUCAUAUAAGUGGAUACAAACAGUAUUUGUCCUUUUAUGACCAGGCUAUUUUAUUUAGUGUAGCAUCCUCAAGGUCCAUCUUGUUGCAACAUGUGUCAGAAUUUCCUUUGUGAAAAUAAACAAUACUCUGUUGUGUGCAUAUUUUGUUUCCCCAUUUAUAUGUUGAUGGAUACAUGCUUUGCUUCCACCUUUCGGCAGUUGUGAAUAAUGCUGCUAUGAACAUUGAUGUACAAAUACCUGCUUUUUAAAUUUUUAAAUAUUGAAGUAUAGUCGAUUUUGCAAUGUUGUGUUUCAAGUGUACAGCAUAGUGAUUCAGUUGUAUGUAUAUUAUAUAAAUAUGAUAUAUAUAAACAUAUACGUGUGUCUGUGUUCUUUUUAGACUUUUUCCCUUAUAGAUGAUUAUGAAAUAUUGAGUAUAGUUCCCUGUGCUAUACAGUACGUCCUCGAGUCUCUGCUUUUAAUUCUUGUAGGUAUAUCCCCAUAAGUGAAACUGAUGAAUCAUAUGAUGAUUCUAGUUUUAAUUUUGAGGGGUGCUUUACUUUUAUUAUUCUGCUUAGAUAUUAUUCUAAUCCACUAGGAAGAGGGAAACAGUAUCGCUUCAAACUCUAGGCAGGCUUUUGGUGCAUUAUAAUUAGCUUAGUAUCACCCACACCCUGAGUAAAUGAACCUGAAUGUCAGGUAUCUACCUCACAGUUUUGUUAUUUCUGCUUCCAAUCUUUGUUCGUUGACUAAGCUUAUGCUGGGAGCUUACUUUGUGCUAGGCCCUAUAGACUAAGUAUUAAUGAAACUUCCUCUCCUGUCCUUGGAGUACCAAGUAUCAUUAUCAUGUAUUUUGGAAUUUUGAUCCCCAUUUUCUGCUAAAUGGCUGGUCACAUGUCAUGUUCUCCUUUGGAGACACAGAGACUCCCCUGGCCACCUUGGAACAGAUAGUGUGUGGUCAGGGAACCACGGGCUGGAGUGGGCCCGGUGCUGGGGCCAGGCUGCUGUCUGCCUGUUUCUCAAAGCAGCUCUGCCUGUUGGUGGACCUUCUCCCUGUCGUCCUCCCUUAGUUCCAUCCUCUCUAUACCUCUAGUCCAAAUUCCAGAGGAAACCUGUCUGACUGACUUGAGUAGCUGCCCUUUUCCUUACCGGGCGGAGCCUGGCCUCAGGAGUUACUGUCCAGCCCGUUAAUUGGCCUCUCUCGGAUCAGCGCCUGUUGCUCCCAUCCAGAGUGGCCAUCUCAACACGUCUCUCCCCACUGCUCUGAUACAGGAGCUGUUACAACCAGACGGGAAGUUCCCCUGUCUACUCUACCUGGGGUGGUGCUGGGUUUAAUGGAUAUUUGCUAGGAGAUGCCCGAAUUCAAUACAAAUUGUCAGGCUCUAGGGAGAUGGUCUGGUUCAUAUUUUGAAUCAAAAUUGGAAAAACGGUCACAUCCAAUGGUAGAUCUUUUUUGAGGAGCUUAUUAGACAAGGUUGGUAGUGAAUUGUAUGAUUUCUGUCAAGGACAAAAGCUCUCUCUUAAUAGGGUAGCAUGUGUACUUAAGAGGGAUGAAAGAGGAUUCCCAGUUUGCAAGAGAUCUUAUUAAAGCUCUAAUCUCUGUGAACCAGAAAAAUUUCCAAGUGUAAACAUUUUAGUUAUUUAGCAGGUAUCUACUGGGCAUUUGGGCUUCCCAGGUGGCGCUAGUGAUGAUAAACCUGCCUGCCAAUGCAGGAGAUAUAAGAGAUGCAGGUUAGAUCCCUGGGUUGGGAAGAUCCCCUGGAGGAGGGCACAGUAACCCACUCUGGUAUUCUUGCCUGGAGAAUCCCUUGGAUAGAGGAGCCUGGUGGGCUGUGGUCCCUAGGGUCACAAAGAGUCGGACACGGCUGAAGCGACUGCAUUUACUGUGCUUAGUAAUCUGCCGUGGGAAUAUAGCAGAGAACAAGCCCGGUGAGAUGCUUGCUGGCAUCGAGCUUAUGCUUUACUGUUUCAAGUAGGAUUUGCUGUGACAGUCUUUGUUAGCUGAAGCAUCAGUAAAGCCUAUUGUAAAGGGUUUUAUCAGUUCGGAAAAGUCAGUAAAGUAUUGACAAGAGCCAGGCUCUUGUUUCCUUGGUGGAGGUUUGUGUCUGUUCAUUUCCAAUAUUUUUACAUGUAAUCUCUGAAGUGAUUCUUGAUUUAGAGCUUUAUAAAAAUGAUUUAGCACAGUGCAGUUGAGGUUAAUACAGUGAAAAUCUACUGAAGAAAGCUGCAGCAGGGGAGUCUGAGACCUCGGGAAUUGUUCAGAGGCGCCAAAGGACACAUUUCUGGUUGAACUGGAAUCUUGGGUCACACCUUCAAACACCUAUGGGUUAACUGAGCCGGUUCUCAUUCACUUGAGAAUUUUCUUUCCUUAGGUGGGGAUUACCGAGUUCUGGGUCCGUAUACUCUUUGGGCCUUUACCCUUAGUGAAGAUAAACUCAGAGACAGAAGCAUUUAGGAAAGGAAAAGUUUACCUCCAAGAGAAGGACUGGCUUGCUAAGUAGAAACACAUUUAAGGAAAAAAGCAAUACAAGUUUGUGUUAGUCUGUUCAUAAUGGAAAAGCAGUAACUCUCCUACGUGUUUAUCAUAUUCAUAGAAAGUGAAGUGAAAGUCACUCAGUUGUGUCCGACUCUUUGUGACCCUAUGGAAUAUACAGUCCGUGGAAUUCUCCAGGCCAGGAUACUGGAGUAGGUAACCUUUCCCUUCUCCAGGGCAUCUUUUCGCCCCAGGAAUUGAACCGGGGUCUCCUGCAUUGCAGGCAGAUUCUUUACCAACUGAGCGAUCAGGGAAGCCCGCACAUAUUCAUAAGAGGUCGUGACAUAUUCAUAUUUGUAGAGAUCGUGACAAGUCUUCAGAUACCAGUGCAGCAAAAGCCAGGGAUAGAAUUGUUUUGUUAGGGAGUCCAGGCUUAUGGGAAAUGUUCGUGGUUUUAUUGUUUCUGAGAUCAGAGCCAGUUAGGUGACCCUGUUACUUUGGGUUUUAUCUUGGUGAGGGGCAGGAGUGUCUGCAGAUUGUGAUAAGGAACAGAGCUUAGUCAUACAGAAGCAGGGCAAAGUGACAUUUUGCUUUUACACCCUCCAAACCCCAUAAACUCCAGGAGGAAAAACAGCCUGAAGGAAAAACGUGAUUGCAGCAUGUAUUCUUAUCCCCUGGCCAAGUGAUCAGCCAUUUUGCUCCAGUGGUUUUUAACCCUAACUGCUGUUAGAAUCACCUAACAGUGUUCAAAAUCUACUGAUGCCAGCCUUUUCACUUAAAUAAGAAUUUAAUUGGUGUGAAGUGGGGCCUGAAUGUUGAUAUUUUUUAAAGUACCCCCUAAAGUAAUGUGCAGUUGAGGUUGAGAACUGCUGCUUUUAUCCAUUCAGAGAACUGAAACUUCUAAACUUGUUGCAGUGGUUUUUAAAGGGUGAUUUACAGCUUGGUUACAUCAUGUUUCUUUUAUGGAUGCUUGAAAUCCUGUGUACUUUCUCUGAAGGAGAAAUGGAGAGGAAGAGCUCUCAUAUUUUGUGUUAUUGCCACUGCUGCUUGGUCAGUUAAAGGGAGUAAUCAAUACUGGUUGAAAUUCUGUCCCCCCCAAAACCAAACCCAGAUCUUUUGGAAGUUGCCCUUCUAGACAGGUUUUUGCUAGUCUUUUUUUUUUUUGCUAGUCAUUUUUGAUUUGGGGGUUUUAAUGGAGGAAGAGUGGUAAACUUGUAGAUUUAUUACAUUUGCAUUUAAGCCUGCUCACUGUUUACAUGGCUUUGUACAAUGUAAAAGCUUGCUUUAGUAAAAUAUUGAUGUAAAUAAACACUGAUACUGGUUAAAGAUAAGAUUUGUGUCUCAUUUCAUGGAUUUUUAAAAGUGAGUUUGGUAUCUCUCCAGAGAUUAGUCAAGAAUAUUUCCAGGUUUUAGAUUAUGAGUGCUCCAAAAUGUGUGCGAUAGUGUAUUGGUUCAUAAAAUGGAAAUAGUAUUUUAUUUUCACUUCACAUGGAUAUUUUAGAAAUGACAUGUAGAAAUCUCUGAUGACAGCUAAGAUUUUUGGCCCUUCAGCUCCUCUUAAGAAGUUUAUGACCUAAUUGCUAACCUUAACAAGUCCACCAAAGAAGCUAUUACUAGCUGCAAAUUUUAGUUAAUGUUUUACUUGAAUGAUAUUAAUACUUCCCUAAUUAAGAGGAUGACAGGUGUGUCUUUGUUUCAGACUGGAAAGGAGAUUUUCAAAUUGCACAUCAGGCAGCAGCUGGGCCACAUCUCCUUGCUUCCUUCUGUACAGGGCCCAGCAGCUGAAAGACUGGCUAUUUCUUAACUUGUUUAAAACAACUGCGGUGAUCGUUUGGCUAAAUACUUCUAACUUGGAUUGCGACUCAGGUAUACAGCAACUUCCUCAUCCCCUUCAUACAUUAUGGGGGUCUUAGAAAAGGACGUUUUUUUAAAGUGGGACAUUUAAGCUGAAAGGAACUCAAUGACCACGUUCUCCCUUGUCUUGUGGGAGCAGUUGUAGGUGACAUUCUGGGUGUCCUUAUA